AUGCAUGGCUCACAAUUAUAUACACUCACAAUAAGCCUUAUUUUGUUUUUCACCAUUGGUUUUCAACAUAAGAUUAAUGCCAAACCUAUUGAAGAUUUGAUUGAAACUACAACCACAACAUCAUUAGCACCAACAACAACAACUAAUGAAACUAAAUUGAUCUAUUCUGGAUUACCUUCGAAUUUUUACGUGAGACCUUUCUUGAUGCUAUUACCAUUUCCAUUUCCUGAACCAUUGCCAAAUUCACUUUAA